CCGAAGUUGCAGCCAAUCAGAACACUCGCUCACGAGACCGGCGCGAAAGCCAUUGGUCAUUGGUCCGCCAUGAAAGUCGAUACGAGCGACUCCGACUCGCGCUGAAGUUGCCUUAUUUCCCAAGCCUGAUUUUCCGGGAAAAACGUGCCUUAAUCAUUUAAAUGGUAUUGCUUGAGGAUGGGCUCAGAAUUUGUCGACGGUUGGUCCGUCGUUCAAGUGCUUGGAGAAGGAGCUUAUGGAGAGGUCAAACUAAUCACAAACAGUAGUGGAGAAGCGGUGGCUGUGAAAAUUGUAGACACGGUGAAGCACCCAGACGCAUUAGUCAAUUUAAAAAAAGAAGUGGCCAUCCAUCGAAUGACGAAACACCCAAAUAUUAUUCACUUCUUCGGCCACCGAAGAGAGAAUGCUCAAGAGUAUAUUUUUCUAGAGUAUGCAUCCGGAGGGGAGCUUUUUGAUAGGAUUGAUCCCGACAUUGGAAUGCCUGUGGGACAGGCUCAAAAAUACUUUACUGAACUUAUUGCUGGAGUUGAGUACCUGCAUAGCAUGGGCAUUGCCCACCGAGAUCUCAAACCAGAAAAUCUGCUUCUGGAUACCUUUGAUCAUUUGAAGAUCACUGACUUUGGCCUUGCAACAAUUUUCCGACUGAAUGGUAGAGAGAGGCUGCUAGACAAAAAGUGCGGGACACUUCCCUAUGUGGCUCCAGAGGUCCUUCUGAAGCCUUACAGUGCUCAACAAGCAGACGUAUGGUCUUGUGGAAUAAUAUUAGUUGCCAUGCUUGCUGGAGAGCUGCCUUGGGAUGCACCUAAUUCUGAUUGCCCAGAGUACAUGGCGUGGAAAGAUGGGAAAAAUUCCUUGAGUCCAUGGACAAAGGUCGAUAACAUGGGCUUGAGUUUACUGCGGAAAGUCCUAGCACCUUUGCCUUCGAGUCGAAUCUCUAUCGAACAGAUCAAGAAGCACAGAUGGAUGCAGCGAACGCACACAAAUGAUGAUUCGUCAGCAAUGUCAAAUCGACCGCUUGGAAAGCGACUGUGUUCAGACUUGGAGUUUGGUGGUGUGGCUAGCGAAGAAGAUAUAAGACUUUGCCAAUCUCAACCGGCACCCGUGGGAAUGAGCGCUACACAGGCUAGUCUUCCUCAAGCCUUAGACCCAGGUGGCUGGUGCUUCUCCCAACCACCCAACCUUGAAGACCUGCUGCUGAGUACGCAGCUUCACAGCACUCAAUCAACAUGCAGUCAGACAUCAUAUCAAAAGUUGGUUAAGAGGAUGACCAGAUUUUUCGUUAAAACCAAUUUUGACGAAACUAUUGCAACGUUGAAAGGUGUAUUGGAUCACAAGGGAUACAUGUUUAAAAUCAACCCGAUGAGUGAGGUCACUGUCUCAACUGUUGACAAAAGGAAAAUGCAUUUAGUUUUUAAAGCGUGUCCUAUUGAGAUGGAUGGAAAAAUUUUGUUAAACUUCCGACUAUCCAAAGGCUGUGGCCUGGAGUUUAAAAGGAUCUUUGUACAGAUAAAGAAUAGCCUCUCCGGUAUUAUCAUGAAGGGACCUGUAUCGUGGCCAAUUGCCAUUGCCACAAAUUGUGUGCCAUGAAUCUUUUAAUUUGUAAAACUGUUGAAUUUCUAAUUUAAACAGAUGAAGGUAAAAUUUUGUUCUGAAAUCAAAUCUCAAUGUCAACGUAACUGGCAGAUUAUUUAAGUUUAUUCCCUGCACCACCUGUAUGUAAUGUUGUCCUGUAAAAUAAAAGCUGCAAGCCUUGAAAUUGACAAUUUUUAAAAGAUUCAUGCAAGUCUAUAGUCUUAUGCACUCCGAAAAGUUUAUGGAAAUUUUUAUAUCUGCCCCUCCAGUUGUGUAAAUACUCAUUUUAUGAAAAUAAAGGACUAAUUUUUUAA